AUGAAGAAGGUGGCAGCAUGUGGUCUUGGAAUCGGGCAAUUCCCCACGAGACGACUCGUGAAAGCCUGCGCAGGGAAGAGACUCAUCAAGCCACUAAACUGGAUUAUCGAAAUCAACUCAACGGAAGUGACCGAAUACGAAUUCAACCAAUUCUGUUCAAAAGCUAUCUAUCUGGAAGCUUGUAUUACAAUCGAGAGAUCCAACUAUAAAAACAUACGAUGCCCACAUCUACAUCGAAUCAAACCAUGCAGACCAGGUAGACCUGUAUUCAAGAUCCACGAUAACCGUGAACUGGUCAACAUAGAAAUAUCUAGCGAUGUCACAUACGAGACCGGGGUGAGAGUGUUCGAAGUCACUAGAAAUCCGAAGCUCUCGAUAACCGUGAUCCACAGACUGAAGAAGAUUUGCACCAACUGCGAGAUCACAGCCUACCGGCCAAAAUGCAGUAGACUGGGACAUAUCAGAAGUUUCGACCAGCUCGUUAGGCUAUGUUCUGGCGAGUCUAUCAUCAUCACACCACCUGGCACCAUAUUCAAGACCGGUCUGACAGAGCUUAAAAUCACUCGACUACUUGCUGUCGCUGAGGAAGUUCGGAUGUGUCUUGAUAUUCAAAACACCAAUAUCAAACACCUCGUGUUCCCAAAAUUGAAACGAUGGAAGUCCUGUGCACCAAACAAGGCAGCAUUAACCAUUGUGAAUAAUUACCAUCUGAAAGAAUUGCGUUUCAACGCAUGUGAAGAUAACAGAUGUAUUGAGCGCAUGGUGAUAAGGGACAAUAUAGAGCUUCAUGAACAGUUCAUUCAACGGAUACGAAAAUACUGCUUCAACUGCCAUCUGAAGAGCUAUGUGCCAGGUCUUUUUUUUAUGAGAAACAUGAAACCGUUUCCAGGAAUAUUAUCAUUGAAAAAGAAGGCGCGGAGAUAUGGGGGAAAUACUCGUUUGUAUACCAGAGCGAUCUGCACUGAGGAAGCGCUUGGCACCGCAAGGCUCUAA